UUCGUCCUCUAGUAUAAGAAUAAAACAAGAAGAUCAAUUGGUGAAUGAACUACCUGAACACACAGUUUCAAAUUUUCAGCUUCUAGUCAUUGCCGAUUCUUAAACUCCAUCGUCCAAUGGCUUCUUCAUCGAAACCAGAAAAGAUUUACGACGUUUUCUUGAGUUUUAGAGGCGUUGACCUGCGUAAUAACUUCAUCGGCCAUCUCUACCAAGCUUUACACCGGAUUGGAAUAUACACUUUUCGAGAUAAUGAGGAACUGAAAAAGGGGGACCAAAUAUCGCCGGUGCUUAUGAAGGCCAUCGAAGAAUCGUACAUCGCAAUCAUCGUUUUCUCUGUGAACUACGCUUCAUCAAGGUGGUGCUUGGAGGAGGUGGCGAAGAUUAUAGAGUGCAAGGAGGAAAAGAACCUCAUUGUUCUACCAGUGUUUUACAAAGUGGAUCCGAGAGAAGUAAGGGGGUGUAGAAAGAGUUAUCAAAGAGCUCUGGCUAAGCAUGAGUCCAAGUUCGGGAAGGAUUCAGAGAAAGUGAAGAGAUGGAAGGAAGCUCUUUCUGAUGCUGGGAAGUUGUCUGGAUGGCAUCUGAAUGAUGGAGAUGAGUCAGAGCUUAUUCAAGAAAUUGUGGAGAAGAUCUCCACUUACCUAGCUCAAACACCUUUGCAUGUUGCUAAGCAUCCAGUUGGGAUAGACUCCCGAGUUGCUAAGCUGAAAUCUAUGUUAAAUCUUGAGUCUGAUGAUGGUGUUCUCAUGGUGGGAAUAUGGGGACAAGGAGGUAUAGGGAAGACAAGUUUAGCGAAAGCUCUUUACAAUGUUAUAUUCAGAAAAUUUGAGGGUUCAUGUUUUCUUGAAAAUGUUCGAGAAACUUCAGAAGGUACCAAGAGUUUAGUUACUUUGCAAGAAAUAUUACUAAAUGAUAUACUAUUACCAAAACAAAGAUUAGAAGUAUCCAAUGUUGACAGAGGUAUUCAGCUAAUACAACGCAGACUAGGUCGCAAAAAAGUUCUCCUCAUCCUUGAUGAUGCGGAUGACUUGCGCCAAUUGAAUACUUUAGCAGAAGGCAAGUGGUUUGGUAAUGGAAGUAGGAUCAUCAUUACCACAAGAAAUAAACAUUUGCUUGAUUGUCACCAGAUAGAUCAAGAUCAUGUGUAUAAAGUUGAAGCACUUGAUGAUAGUCAAGCUCAUGAUCUGCUUACCAAGCAUGCUCUUCAAACGCACCAAAUUAGAAUAGAUCUAGUGGAUAGUGCUCUAAAUUAUGCCAAAGGCCUUCCUUUAGCACUUGAGGUGCUGGGUUCCUUAUUAUGUGGUACAACAGAAGAUGUAUGGGAAAGUACACUAAUGAAACUUUCUAGGAUUCCUGACAAGAAAAUUAAUAAUGUGCUCAAAGUGAGUUAUGAUGGACUAGAUGAAAAUGAGAAAGAGAUCUUUCUCCACAUUGCUUGCUUCUUUAAUGGGCGGACAAGAGAGUAUACAAAGAAAGUUCUCGAUAGUUGCGAUCUUCUGACAGUUGUAGGAUUUGAUACUCUCAUUAAGAGGUCCUUGAUACGCUUUGAGCUCGGAAUCCUAAAAGUGCACAACUUGAUUCAAGCGAUGGGUAAAGAUAUUGUGAACCAAGAAUGCCGAGAUGAUCCCGGAAGACGUAGUAGACUAUGGUUGUAUGAUGACGUUGCCAAUGUUUUAUCACAUGACAUGGGAGAUUGUGCUAUAAAAGCAAUAGUGUUGGAACUACCUGAGCCGAUAGAGAUGCAUAUCAGUCCUGAAGCUUUUACAAAAAUGAGAAGGUUGAGAUUGCUCAUCUUGCACAAUGUGCAGGAUUCUUUUCAAGGCCCUAUAUGUCUUCCUAAUGAGCUUAGAUGGUUUGAAUGGUCUGGAUGUACUCAUCAGAUUCCAGAAUUUUCUGCUGGUCCAAAGAAAUUGGUGGGACUUGAUAUGAGUAAAGGCAAUAUCACAGGAGUUCUAAAACAAUUUAAGGAUUUCCAAAAUUUGAAGUACGCUACUUUCAGUUACUGUGAGGGGCUAGUUCGUAUUCCUGACCUUUCAUAUACUCCAAAUCUCAAGAAAUUGGAUUUCCGUGAUUGCAAAAACUUGGUAGAAGUCCACAAAUCCCUCGCAUAUCAUGACAAAUUACAAGUGUUAAUUUUCUCGGGGUGCUAUGAACUUAGUGCUUUUCCAAAUGAGCUCAAGUCAAAAAAUAUUCAAAUUCUCAAUUUUACAAAUUGCACAAAGUUUGAAAGGUUUCCUGAUAUUCCACAUAAACUCGAAGCCCUAAAUAUCCUUUCAUUAGAUCGGACCGCUAUUAAAGAACUCCCUACAUCAAUAGAAAAUCUUACCUCUCUAAAGCUAAUGUAUUUGAAUAGAUGCAAGAACCUGGUUAGUCUUCCAUCUAGCAUUUAUAAGUUACAAAACCUUGGAGAGUUGGAGGUUUCGGGUUGUACUAAUUUAGUUGGGUUUCCAAAGUACGAGGAUUUAGCUGAUCCGUGCAUGAAGACUGGGCUUUCAAAAUUAUACCGAUUAGACCUUUCAAACUGUAAUUUGUCCGAAGUAGAGUUUUUUGAGAACCUUUCCUGUUUCCCCCUCUUGGAAUCAUUUAUUCUGGAGGGGAACAAUAUUAUUGCCCUUCCUUCGUCCAUCAAUAAGCGUGAUCAUUUGUCUUUUUUGUAUGUUGGAAGCUGCCAUCAUUUACAAAAGAUUCCUGAGCUUCCUGCGUUUUUGAAUUUUUUUGCGGAUCAUUGUGAAUCUCUACAAAAGAAUGAAGACUUAUCCUCAAUUCAUCAACUUGUCGGUAAAAGUUUGGCUGAUGGACUUGACACACACCAGAAUCAAAGUUUUGACAGAUUUCUCUUUGAAAGAGAGAUGCCGCAGUGGGUCUUUCCUAUUGAAGGGGAUUCCAUAUCUUUCAUGGUUUCAAAGGACUUGUAUGACAAGAUUCUUGGAUUGGCAAGUUGUGUCAUUCUCGAUAAUGUUGAAUACGACAUUGAGAUUUUAUCACAUGUUGAUGGUAAAAGUGAGAGAAAAAUAGAGCUACCGUUCAUCUAUCCGCUGCAUCCAGAACAUUUAUGGCUUAACUAUACGACACGACAUUCUUUGUGGGCAGGAGUCGAUUUUGAUCAAAUUGAUGGCAAUUAUGUAGAGUUUAGCCUUACACAUUCGAUAAAAGUGAAAAAGUGGGGAAUCCGAAUAAUAUGCAAGCAACUAGGGAAUGAUUUAAAGGUUGAGCUUCAAGAUAAUCGGCUGAUAGAUCUAGCCUUACUCUACGAAGUUGGUCAUGAACCAACAAAUUCAACAGCCGGGAGUUCACUCAUGCAUGAAGAUAAUUCGAGCGAAAUAGAUCUACAUGAGGACUUGCAAGAUUGUCAAGUGAGUGGUGAGGAACAAAGUCAAAUGGUACCAAAGAAAAAUCAUGAGCUUUUCUCCCUCGAGGCAUGCGAACCAAGAUCAUGUGGACUCCUAGUUCGAUUGGUAGAGAUGAGUAUCGCGGUGUUUGCUCGCUGCUUUUGUUGUUAGGAUGAUGGGAACUUAUAAAGGAAGCAAUUCUUAGGUAUUUCAUGUGUCCACUUCAACCAGCGUUGACUUUGCCAACUAGAACGAUGGAAAUGAUCAGUCUUGGAGAGAACUAGAUAAGGGGGCUUGGGAUGUGCAUUUUGAUGCUGGUGGAGCGGAGGGACAACUUGGAAGAGGAAGAUACAAACUUCCAUUGGAGUAUACAGAGGGCGAAGGCUUCAGAUACGAGAGAGAUGCCCGCACCCAACCCAACAACGCUCUCCCCCAAACUUCCAGCUCCACUGACGCCUCAUCUUCCAUCCCCACACUAGUCAUCUCCGAUGAAAUGGAAGAUCGCCACCUGCCAACGGAGGCUACGAACGGACGGAAGGAGUUCGUCUUCCCGAAACGGAGUCCCUAGCGAACCCGACGGCGACGGAUACCAGCCAGUGGAGGCGACGGGCUACCACCGCCGACCGAAGCCAUGGAAACUAAUGACGAUUCUCUCCUGAGGUUCGUUCUGGGCUUCGUGCAUAUUGCUAUAG